AUGUGGAGAAACGUACUUGCGAAAGAAUUGAAAUUUGAGAGGCCAAAUAUGGCCUCAAAGAGAUUAAUUCUUUCAGUGCUGAAUUCAACAGCCACUAAGAGAGAAGCUAAGGAUUAUUUGAAAAAAUAUAAUAAUGAGCCAAUUAUAGUGAAUCAUUGUUUAUUAUUUAUUCGUGGAUUGCAUAGUAUUAAUGAAUUGACUGCUAAAAAACUUUCGGGUUCAAUCAAAAGAUUAAGAAUGUUAGGUUUACGACCUAUAUGUGUAAUACCUCCAACGCCGUUUAUGGAUAAGGAAGCAGAAAUGUUGGAUUCAAUGGUUACAUCUGCUUCUUUAAGACCUUUACAUUUAAGGGAAGCUCUCACAAGAACAUCUCUAGGGACUUAUAAAUCAAUCAUUUCUUCUAAUUCUAGAUUAUUUGAUGAUACAAUAUCUGGAACGGUUCCCAUCAUUAAACCAUAUGUAUAUAACGAAUCUGAUGCUUCCGAAUAUUUAUCUAAGGAUAUUGUUAAAUUUAUGACUCAUUUCAGUAAAGAUUCAAGUCUCUUAAUUGAUAAAUUCUUUAUAUUGAAUACAAUUGGUGGAACACCAUCAUUAGAAAGAAAUGAUAAUGCUCAUGUUUUCAUCAAUUUAUCACAAGAAUUUGAAACUUUGAAGAAAAAUCUUUCAGAUCAAUUGCAUAAAUUACAACUAAGACAACCAGAUUCAUCAAAUUUAGUAGAUCGUAUGCGAUUACAUAUCUAUGAUGAUAUGAUCACUCACAAAGAAGAAGAGCUUAAAGAACAUUUAGAAGAUAUGGAACUCAUGAACAGUGUUUUGUCAAACCUGUCGACAAGAUCUACCGGUUUAGUUACUACAAUCAAAUCUGCAAGUGUUUUUAAAGAUACAAAAAAUCCUUUACUAUAUAACUUACUUACUGAUAGAUCUUUAAUAUCAUCAUCCUUACCAAGAUUUAAGAACAAUAGAAGAUUAAAAGUUGAAACGGCAAUACUGGAUGAAAAGGAAGAACAACAUGAAUCAGAUUUUAGUAGUUCUUCCAAUAAAUUAAAUGAUGCCGUAUUUGAUACAACGGUAUUUAAGAAAGGUGUUGAUAUAAAGGUAUUCAACUCAAAAUUAUUGACCCAGUUUAAUAGUAUCGGAUUACCACCAGAAUUUAUUAUGAAAGAUUCAGAUUUACCACCAUAUAUUGGUCUAAAGUUGGAUUUACAGAAAAUGAAAAAUAUCCUUGAUAAAAGUUUUAAUAGAUCGUUGGAUCUAUCACAUUACUUACAUAGGAUUAACAAUAACAUCGCAUCCGUGAUUAUUAUUGGAGAUUACGAAGGUAUAGCUAUCUUAACUUACGAGGGCCCAAAGGAAAAACCUUUUGUUUAUUUGGACAAAUUUGCUGUUUUACCUCAUCUAAAGGGAUCACUAGGUAUAUCUGAUAUAAUAUUCAAUUUAAUGUUUAAACAAUUCCCAAAGGAGGUUUUAUGGAGAAGUAGAAAGGAUAAUGUCGUAAAUAAAUGGUACUUUCAAAGAAGUGUGUCUGUAAUCGAUCUUUCGAAUGACCUCGGUGGGAAUGAUCAAGUAGAUAGCAAUUUCAAGAUGUUUUAUUACGGCGAUAAUAAUUCUGAUUUGGAAAGUUUUGGGAAUAAAGACACAUUACAAAAAAGAUUAACUGAAUUUGCAAAAUUUAUACGUGAUAUAAAACCAAGUUGGGAAAAAUAA